UCCGUAAGAGCUCCCUGAAGGGCAGCGAGCCAGCGACGUGCCCAGGUAAAGAAAAGCAACGCAGAACAUCCUGAGUUGGAAAGGAUCCGUGAGGAUCGCGGAGUCCUGGCUCCAACAGGACACCGAAGGUCAGACCAUACGCUGUCCAGCCGCUCCUUGAGCUCCGCCGGGUGCCACGACCACCCCUCAGGGAGGCUGUUGCAGCGCCCGAUCGCCUUCUCGGCGAACGACCCUUUCCUCAGCAGCUCCAGGUUCUCUCGAUAGAGAGCCGAGCGGCGCCCGCCCUCACAGCGCUCUGCCACCGAGCAGCGUUAAACCCGACGGCGCGCGCCGCCUCCCUCAGCGCAGCUCCGCGCCCCUCCGGGCCGCCCGCCAUGAUGUCAGGAGGCGGGGGCGGAGGAGGGAGCCGGCGGCCAAAUAUAGCGGCGCUUCCUGGGCGGCCGGCCGCGCCCCGGCCCUCCCUCCUGCCGCAGUCAAUGAGCAGGCAGCGGCCGCGGCGGAGAGCCGCACUCGCCGGGGGCAGCGGGGCGGCAUGGCGGGGCGCUGAGCGCGGGGAGCGGCCCGGCACCCGGCCCCGCCGCGGCAUGGGCGGCCUCGGGCUCGUGCGAUGAGCGCUCCUCCGGCAGCCGUCCCCCGCGCGAAUAUGGGCACGGCCGUGUCCAAAAGGAAGACGCUGAGGAACGAGGCCAUGUCGUCGGUGGCGGCCAAAGUGAGAGCGGCAAGGGCUUUUGGAGAAUACCUUUCACAAAAUCAUCCUGAGGGCAGAAAUGGCUCAGAUCACCUGUUAGCAGACUCCUACAUCGGGCAGGAGGACUCCCCUGAGAUGCAGCAGGCAGCACAGAACAAGCGCAGGCUCUCCGUCAUCUCCGAUGGCAAGUUUGAGAGGAGCUUCUCUGAGGAGCAGGCAGAGAAGAUGCCAAGUGAGGGACCGAAGCCACGAGUCUACACCAUCUCCGGAGAGAGGCCGAUGCUGUCAGACCACGAGAAUGAAAGUAUGGAACUGGUGGUGAUGAAAGGGGCUGCCCAAGAGGAAUGCCACCACGGCCACCCUGUGCACAGUGCUGGUGGCUCUCACGGUGUCAGCAGGCAUUGCAAGGGCUGGCCUGGCAGCCGGCAGGGAUCCAAGGAGUGCCCAAACUGCACCCGGCUGGCUGCUCCUUCUCAUCAUUCCUUUGACCUAGAGCCGCAUCAAUCCGGUGAGACUGGAUGGCACAGAAAAAGGCUGGAGAGGAUGUAUAGUGUCGAUCGAGUGUCUGAUGAUGUCCCCAUACGAACCUGGUUCCCAAAAGAGAACCUCUUCAGUUUUCAAACUGCUACUACAACUAUGCAAGCCAUCUCGGCAUUCAGGGGCUACGCAGAAAGGAAGAGACGGAAACGAGAGAAUGAUUCUGCAGCUGUUAUACAGAGGAAUUUUCGGAAGCACCUCCGCAUGGUGGGGAGCCGAAGGGUUAAAGCACAAACAUUUGCCGAACGGCGUGAGAGGAGCUUCAGCAGGUCCUGGAGUGACCCGACUCCCAUCAAAGCUGAUUCCUUCCAUGACUCUCGAGAAAGCCAUGACCUUCAGGAUUCCUGUGGCACUUUGGAUGGUGACUUUGACUUGAACUGGGAAGCAGAAAAGGAGCUUGAAGCCAUGGCGUGUGAUGGAGAAGACUUUAUUCCACCAAAAAUAAUGCUCAUUUCUUCCAAGGUGCCCAAAGCUGAAUAUGUCCCAACAAUUAUCCGCAGGGACGAUCCCUCCAUCAUCCCCAUUCUCUAUGACCAUGAACACGCCACCUUUGAUGACAUCCUAGAGGAAAUAGAGAAGAAGCUUAACAUUUAUCGGAAAGGCUGCAAAAUCUGGAAGAUGCUGAUAUUUUGCCAGGGGGGUCCAGGUCACUUAUACUUGUUAAAGAACAAAGUUGCCACUUUCGCCAAAGUGGAGAAGGAGGAAGAUAUGAUCCUCUUCUGGAAGAGGUUGAGCCGUCUGAUGAGUAAAAUCAAUCCUGAACCAAAUAUUAUUCACAUCAUGGGCUGCUAUGUUCUUGGAAACCCCAAUGGGGAGAAGCUAUUUCAGAAUCUGAAAAACUUAAUGAAUCCUUAUAGGGUUGCCUUUGAGUCUCCACUUGAACUAUCAGCUCAAGGUAAGCAAAUGAUUGAGACUUACUUUGACUUCCGCCUUUACCGCCUCUGGAAGACCCGCCAGCACUCUAAACUAUUGGAUUACGAUGACAUUUUAUGAUCUGGAGAAGACUUUGCAAGAAGUUGUUGAUCACCAGUGUCUAAGAAGUCAUGCUUAUUGCAGAGAGACUCUUUUAUUGGCACAGGGAGCCCUACAGGAGGCUGCAGUGCUAAAGGGAGGGAAGAAGGAGCCCUCGGAAGUGGAUCGGGAAGAAAGUCUCCUGGGUCAAGAGAGACUGGAGGGGAAGGGGUUUGACACCUCGCUGGCCUCGGGUCAGAGCCGUGGUGUCUCAGGAGGAGCUGUGUGAAGUGAGGACAGGAUGGAGUUCCUUGCAGAACUGAGCUGUUUUGGGUCAGAAUGGGCCAGAUUUGAUUCCAGGUCCUUUUAAAGACUUUCAAAGCUCAGGUUUUCUUACAAAAAAUAAAAAUAAAUUACCCAUGCACUACAAUGAAGAAGUGACCAGAGCACAGAGGAAGGAAGGUUUUGUACUCAUGGGACCUUCUGUGCCUGGGGAUUUUGGAGAGCAAGGACUGCUACACCUACUCCUGCAGGCUGACAUCAAGACGAUCCAGUUUCAAUGUGAAUAUACUGGAAUAUAGAAUUGAAGUCUAACUUUUUUUGGUUUUGUUUAAUAGAAAAUAAGUGCAAUUUUUAUAGAGAGGAGGGUGAAACUCCUCCUGAUAUUUAAUUAGUUAAAAAUAACACACCAGUAACCAAUAGAUGAGGUAUUUUUGGUCUGCUUGAAAAUAUAUUCAGAAUGGUAAUAUAUCUUCUGUAGACAUAUUUAAUCACCAGCAAACAUGGUUUUAACGUAACCUAGCAGACCCUGCAUGUCUGCUGCAUUGAUUAAUCUGGUUUGGUUCAUUACUUUCAGAGUAGCUGUGUUGCACAAAUUGUAUGUGCUCUCACGAAUGUAUAUUUCUCCUCCAGUUAGACACAACUUUGUUACUUUCUAUUUUGCUGCUUGCAAAACUAUGUGACUUUAGUUUUGCUGACAUAUUUUAGGUUAGAAAUACGGUACUUGGCUGGGAAGCCUUGGCCAGGUUCACUAUGAUAUAAAAAUGAAUUAGAAAUUAAUAGCCAUGGUAAUUGUUCAUGCCAGUGUUUUGCAAUGUGUUGAGAGAUGAGUUCUCUUUCUGGGCUGCUGUGUCGAGCAGUGAGGGUUCAGACCAUCAGAAGCCCUCCAAGGAGGCUGUUUGCUGAGGCGUUUGGAAGAAACGCUUCCUGAAGAGUUCAGCAUGGGUUUGUAGCAUGAGAUUGAAUCUUCCCAAAGUUCACUUGAUUGCGAGUUGUUUGUGCGUAGAUCUCCUUUUUUCCAGUGCUAGAAAGACCUGUUUGUUGGGCAGAGCUGCCCACAUCCCUUCCUGUGAAGGACAAAGCAAACACAGGGCUUUGUUGCUGUGGUUUGAGAGCCCAGAUUUGUACUUGAUAUUUGAGGGUGUAGUUUGGAAUAGAUUCACUUUUUGUUCCUUUAGCACAGGGACUGAUUUUUGUUUUGGGAGGGGUUUGGUUUGGUUUUCUCCUUCUGCAGCUCUCCAGAGGACAACUCAAUGCCACUUGCAGUCCGUGCAGGUCACCAGCUCUCCUGGGGGGUGAUACACUCCAUUUCUUCUAUGAGUAAAAUGUACUGGAGGUGAACAGGGAGGGAUUGUUUUCCUGAUUUCCUGGGACCUAAAUUAUCAGAUUGUGACGUGAUGGCAAAUAUAUGUACAAACCUUGCUUUAAAUACUUGCAAAAAGCAGUAGUUGUUCUGAUCUGUAGAGUACUCCUUCCCUCUGUGACGUGUGUGGUGUAAUCCUGGGGCAGGCUGCUGGCUGGAACUGCUGAACCCUGUACAUUUAGAGCAGUUUCAGAGCAAAACCUUUGAAGAAAGAAUGUACAUAUGGUAAGUAAAGGGAGGAAUAGUUGGAGAGAGGGAGAGAUUGGAGCCAUGAAGGCAGUGCGUUGAACCAAACAGCUCAGAGGUGCUUCUCUGCCUGCUGGGCUCCAGUCCCUGGGCCAGCUGUGUUUCCAGCCCUGCAGUGAUGGGGACAGGCUGUGAUUUUUGGCAGAAAAUUCCUGAUCUGAAACCAAAACCCACAUGGAUGCCAAUUGUCUGCUACUUAGCCUGGUAGCCUCCACCAGCUGUGCUUGUGAGAGGUGGGAGCCACAGGUUCAGAAAGCAAAGUCACGUGUUAUUUAGAGCGUGGUCGUGGCAGGAUUAAAAUGCUGAUCCAAAACUCUCCCUUUGUGACCCUUUUGCCUCCUAUGGUUAUUGCUCCUAACUGGAGACAGACAACUUGUUCUUCCUCUUUCUUUUCUAAAGUGAAAUCCCAAUUCGGUGAACUUGGUAGCAUGGAUGUAGCAUUGUGGAACUAUUGAAAACCUUCUCUAUCUGGGAAAGGGCCCAUUUCUGUAUCCACUUCAGUGAUUUGUCUGUACAAUUAUUGUGUAUCUAUUAGCAUUGACCACUUGUGGAACUCGGGUUGCAAAGUAGAAAGGUGUUUCUUGCAUAACCUCUGUAGGAAGAUGUGUGUUGGAACAAACAGCACGCGCUGUUCUGGUGCAGCUGACUGUGGUGCAGUGUAAUGACCAACAGUGACUCGUUCCUCUCUUUUCCAAAGAUCUAUAAUCAACAUAGUUUGUGAUGUUUAUGACAUGAGCGUAUUAUUUCUGUUGUAGCAUUCUUUUGACUCAAGAGAUGAAACACUCUCAAAGCUGUGACCAGGAGACAAUAGAGUGUUGAUGUUUUCUGUGCAAAUAGCGUCAUUGAAGUGUCGACUGUUUAGAUGGGAAAAAAAAAGGAAUUCUUCCCCUUUUAACCUCUUGAAUUUUGUAAGCGGCUGUUGGGGAAAAAAGGAAUCAGCAGAGGAUAGGGUGAAAAACAAAGUGUAAGCAUUACAAAUAGAGCCUGUGACUCCUCAGCUGGACCAGCCUGCACAGGACGACCUGUGCGCAUGUUGCUGUCGGAGCCGAGUGCAGUCUGUCCUUCCCAAGGCCUCUCUGUGCUUCCUCCAGCUUUGAACUGAGCUGCUGGGAUGUGUCUGUCUGAAGCCAUGACACUGCUUUGCUCACACACAGUAACUGCUGUCUGAGUUGGAGCUGCCACGUAAGAAAGGGGAUCCUGGGGAGCAGUUUGCAGCACGGUUGUGCCCACGUUACCCUGCUCUCCCAGGGGAUUUGCAGCCCUUCUGCUGCGCUGUGCUUUGGGCUCUGCCCCAGCAUGGGCAUUCUGCUUCCUGCUGUUCCUGCAGCUCCAAGGGUUGGAUUUGCUCUUAGUGGGGGCAGGAGGAACGUGUGACACAGUGACGUGCUGUCAAAGUCCUGGUUAACCCGGAGAGAAGUGGGAUGAAUUGGGAUAGCUACAUGGGUGCACCUCAGCAAAGUGUGGGAGUUUGUGCCCUCCUUGCUGUGGGGCACUGUAGGUUGUGACUCCAACCCUUUACUUACCCUCCUUACUGAGGAAUGCCAGUAGAGAGCUCUGCUGGGCCCAGACUGGGAGCAGCCCUGGCAGCUCGGUCACCUUGCUCCAGAAGCUGGGGAUGCCCAUCUCUUUGGUUGUAGCACUUGUCCCGUACAGGCUUCCUAGAGAGGCUUUUCUCUUCUCUAUUGGCUGGGAGGGAAGAGAAGGAAGAAAAAUUGGUGCCCUAAGGGACAGAUAAAGUCAGAAAACUGUUACAGCUUUUUGCAUCUCUCCUCACACUGCAGCUGCCAGCUUCCUUUGCAACUGACCUCCAAGCCUGAGAUGGGAAACAAAUGAAUUAGCAGACCAGCCCUUCUAUUGCAUUAAACCAAUAAAAUCAUACCAGUCUGUGUAGCUCCAGAGAAACAUCUGACUGCAGAAGGCAAACAGCCCGUCCUGGCCCUGCUGUGUGUACUGUGCAUUCCCAUUCCCUCCACCUCCAAGCACCUCAGGAGCUCCCUGAGCUCAUCCCAUGCCCGUGGGGAGCUCUGCCUGCCUCCCAGCAGUGCUGCUUUGCUGAGAGCACUCCGGAAAUGAAUUUGUCUCUCGUUUCUCAGCCUGGACUUGUCUGGAGCUGCACGCAGGUUUCCUGCUCCAGAGGCUUCUGGUCAAAACGUCUGUCUGUGCUUCCACAUCACCUCUUGAGGCAACGUCACCAUUCUGUGCUGUGUUUGCAUCUCCAGCUCUUGGCACACGUCUGCUUUGCAAACAGCUGCUGCUGCUUCGGGACCCUGCUGUGUCAGUGAGCUGUGGCUGUGGGUUCCUCUUGCCAGUGCUCUGCUGAGGGUGACUGCAAGCACUGCCUCAUCGCCUCCAGGCAGCACAAGUUGGGGCGGUCAGAAGAGCAGAAGGCAGUGAUGUUGAGCAGCCCCAGCACGGGGAGAGCUGCAGGUGGCAUCCUGAGCCCAGGCCCUGCUGGGAGGUGCACAGCACACUCGCCCUGCUUGCUCUCUGCAUAAACAUUCAACUCAUCACAACCCACAGAAUGGCCCAGGUUGGAAGGGACCUCAAGAACCAUGAAUCUCCAACCCCUGCCACCAGCCGCCCCAUUUAACCCAGUUUAGGAGUGACACAUGCAUACAUUACCUACGCUGCUUCGGCUCAGGAUGCGAUGCUACUAUAAUUCAAAAGUAAUCCUUCCAGGGCCUUUGGCAAUUGGCACGGGUUGCCAUGCAGCAGAGGAUGUGCCGGGUUGUGCUGUGCAGCCCCACUGCCAGCAGCAGGAAGCAGCAGAUCUGCAGCCACACGCUGAGCUGAGUCACUCUGUGCUGAUUUUCCUGACGUUCCCUGGAACUGGUGAUGCAGACAGACCUUCCUGCAGGGUGACACACAGAUAUCCUCCCUGGGGACACCGACUGGCAAUGCCAUCUUCUAAGCCAUCUAUAAAAAUAGAGUACUUUGUGAUCUGUGUUUUGUCCCACCAAUCACAGAGCAUCUACAGCCUUCUGCAUCUUUCCUGGGACUGUGUUUUAUUUCUCAGGCAUGGAAACGCAAGCCAAAGUCAACUGGAAACUGUUAUGAUUUUGAUGAGAAAUCAGCCUGCUGCUAACUGUGUUUACUGGAGUUGAGUGAGUACAUGGGUGGUUUAAUGGCUGUGAAGCUGGCAGUGAUUGCUGUUAUCCGGGGUAAUUGUGCUGGGCAAUCAGCAGGGCAGUAGGAUAGCAGGGUUGGCUGUCUGUCUAAACUCCCAGCAAUAGGAACUGGCAGCUGCUUUGAUUCAAAGAUAAAUUCAGUCCAACGUACUUCCCAUCAGCAUGGAAAACCUGGAAGACUGGAAGUAAUAAAAUUAAGGACAUUAAAGUCCAUACCUUAUCCAUAUCUUAUAUUCUCUGGAGAUAAGUUGCAUUUUUUCCACAACUAUUGAGUACAUCUCGAAGAACUAACACAAGCUUGUAAUUUUUCACAUUAUGGUACUGAUUUUAGAGCAUCCUUAAAACUGAAAUACGUAAGGACGUAUAGAAAGCAUCUAGGCUCUUGUGAUGCAGUGAUGGUCAGGCAGCAGUGCUCAGUUAAUGGGCACUGUGCUCUCUGCAUCCUGACCAGCUGAUGGUGAUGGCAGCAGCAGAGCUGUGUGUGCACCCUUCUAACAGCACAGCCCAUCGUGUGAGCUGCAAUACAGCAACAGCUGUACAGCAAUAAGCUGCCAGCACAGCACCUCCCUGCCUCUGCUGUCGUUGGUUUUUGUGUGUCUGACAGUCAUCUUCCCAUGGUUUUGUGUAGGUGUGAUGAGCUGGAUGCAGGGAUGAUCCUUACCUGGGGAAUGGGACUGCAGCAGUGCUGAGAGGGCUGUUGGUGUGGGGAUGUUUGCUGGCUCCAUGCUGGCUCAGGACAGCACAGGUCCACACAGGUGGUACUCAGAAAGCUUCAAGGGAGAGUGGGGGGCUGUUGGAUUGUGGGGGCUCCAAUCAAAAGUCGUGCUGGUGCAGAGCUGGGAAUUCGAGUACGGCACAGAAAUCCUUACCCUGACUUCUGAAAUGCCCUAAAGCCAUCUCAGACACACAGCAGGGGGAGGAGCUCUGCAUGGGAUGCUGCUCACAGUGCAGGCCGUGCCCCUGGGCUCCCUCCUGACACUGCUUGCCAAAUGAGACUUCUUUGAUUGGGCUUUGAGCUGGGCAGGGCUGAAGGAACCAAGUGAGCCAAUGUGUGCCACACUGCAGGGAAAUGCCCUGGAAUUGCACCUGAGUGAGCACGAAGGGGCCGCGGAUUUUCCGCUGUGUGCUUCCUGUUGUUCUGUAACAACUCUAUUCCUGGAACUGGGCGACUUCAGCUGUGAUGCCAAGCAACAGCCGCAGCAAAAACCGUGCUUGCAGGCCUGGGAGGUCAGCGUGCUUUUAAUAUCUCAACUAUUUCUGCAGAGUUCAGACAGCAGUUCUCAUUUCCAGUUCCUUUGCUCAGCUGGUCGGAGUUGGAGAUGUCAGCCCCAGGACGGAGGGCUGUGCUGGCUGCAGGCAAAAGCCGUCUGAAGGGAGAGUCUGGAAAAUGGAGCUUGCCACCUCUGAGCUCAGCAGGCCCCACACCAGCAGGCUGCUCCUUGGGGAGGAGGAAGGAAGCUGUCAGCACAGCUGGGCUGCAGGCUGGCUCUGUGCUGGGGGCAGCCCUGUGCCAUGCAGGAGCCCGCAGUUCCUCUGAGCCCAUCUGCUGCUUUGUGUAUGAUAAGCAGGUUUCAAUGACGUGAAUGUUUCUAGGUUUUAAGAUGUGAUUUAAUAAAAGGAGACAUUUCUGGGAAAGCAGGUUUUCUCUUUUUUUUUUUUUUUCUUUUCUUUUCUUUUGUUGUUCUCUGCCUGUUGGUAAGCCCAGGAAAUGCCACUUGGCAAAAACGUGUGCUGUGCCAGCAGAGAGGGAGGACCUGGCGCCAGACUCUUCUUAAUGGCAGCAGAAACGCUGAAAAGUAAAGCACUGUGAGCACUGUGCCCUGGGGAGCAGCGCGGGGAGAAAAGCAAAAGCUGUCAGUGCCUUAAAUGAGGGACAUUGAGGGGGGAGGCAGAUCCUGCGGUGGGGACAGAGUGAAGACAUUCAGCACACCUGGGAGAACAGAGGACAUCAAGUUCCCAUCAGCCACUGUCUGCUGUGAGCAGCUGUGGUCUGAGCCUCCCGCUAUGAGCUCUCCCUUUAUCUCCAUUGCUGAAAUGUGCGUUCAGGCGCGUUCACCUUUCAACAAGUGCCACAACUGCACCCCUCUAAGCACACAGAGCUACGCUCCCGUCCCCCGCUGCCAUCCUUUAGGACACUGUCGCUCAUUCUGGGAUCUUUCAGCAGUCGUUUCUGCAUCCUCCCUAUUUGGAAACAUUGCUGUCUGUCUUUCAGCAGCGGCAGAGGAUGGAAAUCACUUCUAGCUCCCCUCCACCACCUGUGCCAGAGAGCUGACCCUGUUCUCCUUCACCAGUCGCUGGUGCCCUGAGUAACCCGGUGGCCAGAAAUCCUACCUUUAUUCCUCAUUCUGGAGUCAUUUAAAAACUGCACUGUUUUUAAAUCAGUGUCACAGGGUGCAAAGUCAAACACAUUGCAGAAGCCCAGAUACAAAGGGCUGUUUUUACCUCUCACCUUCUUCCCUCUCUCCUCACACAGGUGAGGUGGGGACAAACCCAGGGCUGUGCAGGCAGAUUUUCACACUGCCCCGUAACAAAGGAUGAGGAGGGGGGGAAAUCACGCACAUCUGAGUCCUGCUCCCUCCCUGCUCUCUCCACACCUGGCUGCACCUGGGCUCGUCCCCGUGCAUCCUAUCAGUGCCAGCUGCUGGGUGUGGGCCUGGCACUGACGUCCCUUACACACUGCGUCCUGCUGCUGCCUGCACAGCCGCUGGGACGCUGUCAGCUCGUGCUGCACGGUGGCACUCUGCCAUCACACAGCCCGGCCCUGUCCCCUGCCAAUGUCACACCUGGGUUUUGUCAUCCAGCGUUUGUUUUUGUGCCGGAAUAUGAGAGCUGAAUGGGAUUCCCAGGAGCCUCUUAUGGGAGCGCUCAGCUGCUGCUCCGGCGGAAUCCAGAGGUGUAAAUGCAGCGAUGGGGAUCAGCUCCAGGGCGUUCAGUAGUUGGCCAAGUUUCACUUCCCAGUCCCUUACGCUGUUUCAGGCUCGGCCUAGAACAAAGGCAGUUGAUGGGAACUAUGAUAGAAGGCCCCACAGUGCUGGCUGGCAGGGGAGGAAUUGAAUAACUGCAUUUUUUUCCAUCAAGGCAGGAGGGCACGCAACAAAACCACCAGAUGUCAGCUUCAGUCCCCACAAAGGGAGACGUUUCCUUUGUACCAGGUGCAGAUCAACCGUGGGAUUCAUUAUUUCAGGAUUUGCGGGCUUUACGUGGGCUGAAAACCCAACGAGACGAGACCAUGAAAGAGAAAUCCACUGAGAUCCACGAGUACAAAGGCACAUUGUUGGCUCUGUAAGUGCCUGAGCCAUGAGUCACCCCAGGAAACGUCACUGCCCGCUGCCCUGUCCUCAUGCUCGACCCAAGGCACCGCUGUGGGAUGCCGUGAGGGCUGCGAUGCAGGACGGCACACUGGGAGGGGUGUGCAAACUUUAAACCUUGUGUUAUUAAAGCUUAACUGCAAAGAGCUGCUUCCUUCCAUCGAGCUGGGGCUUGCACAGCCAGGGCAGCAGCGGAGGUGGACGUUGGACCCUUUCCAGCACAAUGGCAACGUCGGCAAUAAAAGUCCAGCAGCCGCUCACUUCCAGGUAUGGUUGAAGCUGUGCAAAUUGCUCCGUUUUGGCUCAGGAGUGCAAAGGUAGGAGCCUUAUCAGCAGGAUGCGACGUUCCUUCCAGUAAGCAGGGCUGUACCCGAGGUGGUGAAGCACCGUGUUGUGCCGGGGUGCGGCUCCGUAACGCCCGAGCAGGCUGAGACUGAGCGGUUCUGGGCAAAGGUUGUUCACGUCACUGCCUGCCAUUCCCCUCCGUGCCUCGCAGGCUGAGGAUUUCAGCACACAGUGUUAUCUGAGGCAUGGAAAGCCCUGAGCUCCCGAUUGUUUCCUGAUCGCUUCCCAACGAAACCUGGUGGCAGCUGAUAACAGGCACUGCCUGGAAGAAAAGCACCGGCCAUGCUUUCCUCUGUGCUUUUGAGUGGAGCAGCGAUGGCAGAGCAGUGAAAGCAGCACAAGAAAUGUUUUCCUGCGCUCCCAUCUGACGUCCUGCAGUGCUCACUCUCCUCUCAGCUCGGUCCUGCUCCUCACUGCCUUCUCCAGCCAUGCCUGCUGCCCUCAGCACAGAAACCUCACUGCCUCCUCCAGAGCUUUCCUUAAAAUGCUUCUUAGUGUUGCCCUGAUGCCCAUUGUGUCCUUUCCCUUGAUGCCCAUCAUGUCCUUUCCCUUGAUGCCCAUUGUGUCCUUUCCCUUGAUGCCCACUUACUUUUGCUCUUUCUCAGACCACGGCUGAGCUAACAGUGGGGUGAUCCUCACACACGCCUCCCAUCCCCUUCCUCCUCGGCUGUUCCUUCUUGUGCUCCUGCCAGUCUAGGGCCCAAAUAAAAGGAAAAAAAUAACAGAUUUGGGUUAUUUUUUUUCCUUAGGUUGAA